UGCAAUUGAUUUUCGUAGCGGUUAAUGUAUCGCAAUUAUCCCCGCCGUAACGCUAUCACUGAUGUAUUGCAAAUAUUCUCGGAAUCCUGCGCAUGAUUUUGAUGCAUGUGCUGAGUGUACAUGUAUUAAGUGGUUCCGGCGCAUAUGCGGGAUAUGUUUGCUCGUGUGCAUUGUUCUCGUCACAUGUUGCAUUUAUUGCACAAUGAUUCUGCUCAGAAUUGAGGCGUUAAAAGAACCUUGCAAGAAUGUCAAUUACAAUGGCAAAAGCAACAAAAGUGUAAAAACUUAUCUACAGGAUAUCUAUAUUUCGAAAAUGGAAAAUAAAAAACAGGUCAGCAAUCAAAUGAUGUCACCAAUUCUUCGACAUGCGAAUAACAAGUUGACAGUAAGAUUAAAACGGGCAACAAGUGAACGAAAGAAAAAGUGUAAAUGUCCAAAGUUAUUGGCCGGGCAUUACGAACAAAGAACCAAGAACGAGUUUCUAACCAACAUCAAGAAUUAUACACAUUCAAGGAUGAUUUCUACAUGCAAGCAUAUUAGUCAAUGGAACGGGAAGUUGUGCAAGACAGGCGACUUCAAAUCUGACACGAAGACACUCCAUGUUUUUGAGGAAUCACCAUCUUUGCAGAAAAAGAAUUCGCCUUUCAAGGGGAUUAAAGAUGGAAAAUUUGUAACAAAGAAGAAAGGAACAUAUCUUGUUUAUGCCCAGGUAUCAUUCUACGAUUCCAAAGAAUUUCAGCAAAUGAAAGUUGUACACCGGAAGAAGAGCAAUGAUCAAGUUAUACAGGAGUACGCAUGCGUCAGGGGAUUACGUAACAUUGACAAAAAUGUUAACAACACGUGCUCAAUAACAGCUCUUUAUUUCCUAGACAAGGGAGAUUAUCUGACAAUAGAGUUGUUUGACACAGAUUUGAACUUAAAUUUCUCAACAGACAAUACAUUCUUUGGAGCCAUUUUAUUGCGAUGAAAUGAGAAUUUGCGUGUAUGUAUGUGUGUGGUUUUAAUAAAGUUCUUGAGCACUCUGUUCACAUUAAGGGAGGCAGUAUUGUCACAAAGCACAUUUCGACAUUGGUUUUAAUUUACGUGUAAUGUAAAUAUUGUAACUAUGCCAUUUAUUAUGAUAUUGUAUAUUGUAACUAUGCCAUUUAUUAUGAUAUUGUUGGGCAUUUUUUCGCUGACAAUAUUUGCUAUUCUUUUGAUCUCAAACCUUUAACAAAUGUACCGGUUACAUAAAUACUUCUAUACUUCAAUUAUUUAUAUCAUUAUCUUGUUUUAGGCUGUAUAUUUAUCAAUUAAAUAGAGUGUAUGUUUUGUUACAGUUAAACCGUUUAACCCAUUACUUCAUAUACACGCCUUUUAACGCCUUUUUCACCCCCCCUUUUUGUUGUCUCAAAUGAUGAAAAAAUGCCUUAUUUAGGCCCCAAACACUUGUUUUUGUUUGAGAAAUGUUGUUAAAAAAGUGACCUCUUUUUCGGCGCGGCCCCCAAACCAAAAGAUACAUCAGGGGGUUGCCAGAAGGGGGCUGUGCCCCCUUCUGUUUGGGGGGUUUGAAGGGGGGCGGAGUCCCCCUCAUCGCCAAGAAAAUUUUGGACUUGUGAGAGGCUGUAAAUGACCCCAGAUUGAUCAUAAGGUAACGUGUAACCAACGCUGAAAACCAUUUGACUCUAUCUCAAUCCAUUGAGAAGUUGCAGCACUUUGAAAUCAAUUUUGAUGGAAAAAAUCAACGCAAAAUAGUGAUUUUUGGCAAUUUUGAGAUGUCCCCUCGUUGCCAUGGUAACAGAAAAUUUAAGCCUGAGCAUGUUGUUGCAAGGGCAAUGGUACAGUCAACAUUUGUGCCAAGUUUGAUUAGUGUUGAAGCAGUUUUUAUAGUAUUAUAGCAAAUUGAACUUGUAACGGGAGACUUUUCAAUGAAAACAGCCAUUUUUCACAAAAUGCUCAUGAAGUAAUGGGUUAAACUUGUAGAGAAUUGUUGUCGUUUUUAUUCUUCUUCUUGAUCAAUAUGAUGAUACUGUAUUAGGACUUUUAAAAUUUAGGUCAUUGGAAUUUGACAAUGUUGAUGCUAUUAGCAUAACGUCUCUCUAACUAUCUUUCAAACGAGCGUGAAGAUGACAAAUUGAUCCAAUUGGUCUUGUGAAUGAAAAUAUCUAUUGGUCAUCGUUAAAUAUUAACGUAUAUAAUAAAAAUGAAGAAAAGAUAAAUAAAUAAAAAGACUAAAGCGAAUAACCAAACAGCAUUUUACUUUGCUUGUUUAAUGUAUGUAUUAGGGUUUAAAACACCAUCAUGCAAUUGUGACUUCAUUAGUGCUAAAUUUAACGUUUUUGAAAAGAUUACUGACAAGUGCAAGAGUAUUAAGAUUUACACAGUACUCAACCAUAUGGAGAAAGUGACUGACCUUUGCCAUCAGUAAGUGGACAGACCAGUCUGCACAUCCAUGCAGUCUAACAAGGCUCUUUACUGUUGCUUGACAAAACUUCAAAAGUCUAUAUACACAAAAUUAAUAACUAUUUUGUUCUAAUAAAAACGGUACAAGUCCAUUUAAGAAAUACAGCAGAGUUGGGGCGAGAUUUCUUGAACAAUUUCGGCUUUUAAUUUGAUGAUUUCUAAGCAUAUGAAACGUAAAAUACCCGAAACAUAUUUACAUAACGAUUCGCAUAGAAACACGCUACAUUAACUUUGUAAUAUAACAAUGAUACAUAGACACUACAUUCUAUAAAUAUCUUAAUCUUUAUCGUCAAAUUGUAUCAUAACAAUUGUACACAAGAAAAGCAUUGAUGCAAAGAAGCAUCAAAGGGCGUCCAAGCAAGAAAUACAGCAAGUGCAGAUGAACUAGUAGAUAUAUGAUGACAAGAUAUUCUUAUAAACUUUUCAAUGGUUCAUUGGUUUUUACCAGAAUUGUAUAUCACUUAUGAAUGAACGGACGAAAGACAUUGUUCAUUACUUAUAACUUUGAUUGGCAUGCUAGAAAUUAGAAUAUUACUUGUUAUUUCUUUAUGAUCGUGGUUAUUAAUAGCAACAGACAUACAUGUAUACAAUCAUUUAUAAUCCAUAUGUGUAACGCAUGAUCAGCACCACACUUGUGUAAUUGUCCCUUAUUAUUUUAUCGCUAUGAGCGAAGACCCCCUCUUAAGGUAUCUGUUCACACUUAGUAACAAUAUGACAUUUGUUAUAUUGCCAUGUUGAUCAUGUUGAGCAUAAUUGUUUAUUAUACAAUAAUUGUAAUAUUCAUUUUAAUAAAAAAUACAGAUUUUAUGAAUAUUGUUUUCUUUUUUUGUUUUAUGCGCUAUUUUAAUACUGAGUUUUUACGUUUACUACUGUUUUAAGAAUUCAAUCGUCAUAUUGACCGACGAUUAUAAUUAAGUCAAAACUUAACUGGAAAAAGUCAGUAAACUAUGGUUAAUCUUUCAAUAUAUAAUAUUGUUUAUUCUUAAACCAUAUACAUGUACAUUUGUAUUUUUCUUUAUCAUUUUUUAAAUUAUCAAUCAAUUGAAUUAUUCAUAAAAUCUGAUUUGUAACUUUUUUGUACUUGAUUUGUAAUAAUUCCUCGGCAUCUUUACUAAACACGAAUAACAAAUGAAAUAAAAUGUUUCAAAGUUGAUAGUGUCAUAUUAAUGCCAUAAAAAUGUACAUUUUUCUCAAUUAUUGUACAUAUUUAUUGUUUUGAUCUCAUAUAGAUAAAAUAAAACAUGCGAUUUGUGUUGUUUUCGUUUUUUUUUUCGAAUUGUAUGUUUAUGUAUAAUAAUAAUCAAUAAAUUUGAGAGUUGAUCUGUGUUUAUUAAUUAUUGUAACCAAACUAACAUUCAUUUUGAAAAAAAAAGCUUAUUUAUCUGUAAAAUAUUUGUUUUGUUCUGUAACGAUAUCAAACAUCUACUCCAAAACCGGGAGAGACCGGACAAUAAACGUGUGGUACUAUUCGCCCCCGGUCAAAAUAGACCUGGAGAGACCGGGAAUUACCGAUAGGAGUACAUCCGUCUAUAAAUAGAUUUUCGGAAUAUUUAGGUCAUCAACUCAUCAUUCUAUUUACAGCUUUCGGAAUAACAUACCAUAAUAACCCACUGUGUGCUACAAAAUGAUAAAUAAAAAUACCCCGAAGAGCGCGAUUUAUUGACGGAAAAGGUGAUUUCAGUUGAAAAUGUUUGCAAUGCGAAAUUCUCCAGUUCGCUAUUCAUUGUACAUAUCGCGACUAAUUAAUAAUCAAGCACCCUCAUACCGAUCGGAACGAUCGGCUUUUAUUAUGAACAACUAUAAAAGGCUCGAGAAGUUGCUGUCGCCCUUUCACAAAAUCUGAUUUCAUUACAUAAAAGGCGCCGCGCUUCGGCGCGGACGCCAAAAAUAAUUUUACAUUGAGUUGACCUCUUUAAAUGUUGAAGGAAGGAUUUAAGUAAAGUCAAAGAAUAUCAAUGUAGUGGUAUAUGAUUGAAUAUAUGUAAAAGAAAUAUAAUAUUUACACCAAAGAGGUAGUCAAUUCAAUACAGUUUACGUACUUGAAUUUGGGUCACGUAGACAUGUUUUAGCAUAAUCGAUUCUAAAUAUUUAAUUUAAUACAUGUUCUUGGAAUUUGGUUUCGAUUAUCUAUUGCCAUAAUGAAAUGGGAGGUAUGAAGUGUGCACAUUGUGGACAGACGGACAGUGAGGAUACUGAUAAACCUGCACAAUGCACGUGCUAUACCUGGUUUAUGUAUACAUGUACAGUUUGUUUGGUCACAGUUUUAAUUGGUGUAACAUGUUGUGUUUAUUGCACAUGUUUACUUGUUUCGAUUAACAAAACAGUAAAGCAUGGCAAGGAUUCAAUUGAAAGUGAGGUUUCGUUACAUGGGAAGAACGGGUUUCAUGAAGUUGUGGCAGCUCAGGGAUCUAUUUCACAA